AUGUCAAUGCUACACGAUUCAGCAUUAGCAACAAUUCUAUAUCGUAUGGAACAUUCAUUUCAUGAACAAUCAUUAUCAUCACAAAAAUCAAUAACGGAAAAUGGUGACAAUUUACUUCAUGAUUCAUCAUCAAAUAAUGUUCUUUCGAAUAUUUCUCUCAGUAACGAUAUUAUUGAUGAUCUUGAUCGUUACCUAUUAAAUAGUGACCAACUUUCUGACGAAAGUCAUGCAUCUACACCAUCAAUCUCUUCUUCAUCUGCUCCAUUAACACAUCAAUCAUCAUCAUCAUCUCAAUUCGAAUUUAUAUUAAAUGCUCUAACAUCAUCAUCAGCAAGAAUCAAUGAAGAAACAACAACAUAUUUAAAUCAAGGACAACCAUAUGAAAUCAAAUUUCAAGCAAAUAUUAAUUCAUUUUCAGAAAAUAAAUCUUCACCAACAACUUAUCGUUCAAUAUUACGUUUAUGUUUUUGGGAUAAAACAUUACAAAAUCAAGAACGUGAAUUAAUGCAAAAAUGGCUUAAUGAACAACAAUUAUCAUCAUUAUUUGAUAUUGAUACGAAUUUAACUUAUGGAAUUUUAUCAAUUAUAUGCUCAAGACAAAUACCAAAUGCCGUUGAAAUUGUUUGGGAUACAUCGACAACAACAUCAUUAUUUAUUCGUUUUAAAUGUACAUCAACUGAUUUUGCUAAUAAACGACAUGGAGGAGAAAAAGGUAUACCAUUACGUAUACAAAUCGAUACAUAUCAUGAAAAUGGUAUUGAUAAUGUUAAACAUUUACAUGCAUGUUGUUGUAAAAUUCAAUUAUUUCGUUUAAAAGGUGCACAAAGAAAAAAUAAAGCAGAUAAAUUGAGAAUUGAUAAAUUAAAUCAUGAUCAACGUCGACGUUAUCAAACAACACUUGAAUAUACUAUAUUACAAUCAUGUAAUGCAUCACCACUAUAUACACUUGAUCUUCUUAGUCUAUCUUAUCCACCAGAUGAUUUAUCAGAUGUAUAUACACUUUCAACUGAAAACGAUUCCGUUGAAAAAAAAGAUUAUGAUGAUAUACAAAAAAAAUUAAAUGAUAAUUAUGAAUUUUUAUCAACGCCAUCACCAGAUGUGAAAUAUAUAGGUUUAGAUUUAUCAAAAGAAAAAGAAAUAGAAACAAAACUUUCAAUUCGAUCAUCAAAUGAAGAUGUAUUAAAAUGGUUAAAAACUUAUAAUUUUUCAACAGUUUUAAAUCGUUUUCAACAUUAUACAGGUAUGGAUCUAUUUCGAUUAACUACAAAUGAUUUAGGUCGUAUAUGUAAUGAUGAUGAUUCAAUUGGUAUUCGUCUUUAUAAUCAAUUACAUGAAAUUAUUGUACCACCAUUAAAAACUUUCUAUAUAAAAACUGCAAAUAAUGAUAUAUAUUCUGUUAUUUAUUUACAUACAUUAACUCGACGUGAAUUGGUAGAGAAAAUUUUUGAAUUAACACAUCAAGAAACUUGUAAUCUUAUACUUGAAUUAAAUAAGAUUAAAAUUAAAAUCGAUAAUGAUAAUGUUGUUAAAUAUUCUUUACCAAAUGAUGGUCAAUUUUAUUUAAAAAUACUUCCUUAUGAAUUUAUUCUUUGUUUGAUAAAUAAUACCUCCGUGUAA